AGAGUGCAGAGGAAUAAUAAAGCCUGCCAUAUACACACACCAUAUGUACAUAAUACACGUAGCCCAAACCAAUUGCCUCGCCUCAUAAAAACAAGGCACCACACACAAGACAAACCCAACAAGUCAUAGCCUCAUAGGAUAGGAACCUUCCUUCCCCUUCCACCAUAAUCUUCCGUUACAAUAACAAUAAAACCCACCUCUCCAACUCCAAUUCGACACCCAAAACAGAAAACAAACACCGCCCACGACAAUUUCAUUUCAUUUCCUUCACCAAAAACCCUUCUCCUGACUCGAUCAUAAUUUCAUAUGGACAUCACCAACAAAUACAAUCACCAAAACCACGAACCCACCAACUAUGCUGUCAACGGUAAGAUUAUGCUCUGCUCAGUCAUCAUUCUCUUCAUCGUCAUCUUCACCGUCGCUUGCUUCCACAGCUACGUCCGCUGCUUCUUCCACCGCCACCACCCACGCCGGACUCGCCGCAUACCACGCUCUCUCUUCCCCCACCCUGUUAUUUCUUUCACCACCCUCCUCGAAACUACCCUCUCUCCGACCAAUCCCAAGGCCUUGGAUCCCGCUGUUCUCAAGACCCUCCCUACUUUUACUUACUCGGCCACCACCCGCAUCAACCCAGCACCACUAGAGUGCGCCGUGUGUUUAUCUGAUUUCGAAGACGAAGAGCAAGGCCGUGUAUUGCCCAAGUGUUACCACACCUUCCAUUUAGAGUGCAUAGACACUUGGUUCCGGUCUCAGUCCAAUUGUCCACUCUGCAGGGCUCCGGUUCAACCCGAUAUUCCUCUUCCUAGGCUGGAAAAUUCGCCUGAAACGGCAAUAGCAGUGAAUGAACCGGGCGGUUCGGAGCAUGACACGGCUGAAGCUAAAGUGGGUUGCUCGAGAUGUUCGCCGUCGACGAGUGGUUCGGCGGAGGAAUAUGGGAGAAAGCCAAUAAUGGAGGUGGUAGAAGAACCAAAAAAUGCUACUAACCAAACUGUCAUUAGGAGCUUAGAUAUGCAGAGAGAAAGGUAUGCAUAAUAGUCUCAGAUUUUUAUUCUUUCAAAAUAUUAGUAGAGGGAAUCGUAGAGUAAGUGUAGAAUAGAAAAGAGAAAGAAAAAAAUUGAUUAAAAAAUAAAAGGAAGUGUGAGUGGAAAAAUUACCCCCCUUUAGAAUAAUCAGUUGUGAGAAAAAGCACGUAAGCGUUUUAUAAACAGUUUUUAAAAAAGUAUUAUGAGUAGUCAAAGUGUUUGAUAAAUUUUAAUCAAAAGUGCU